ACAGAUUCCUACAUAUAUAUAUUCCUUUCAUUCAGUCAACCGGAAGCAGGCUAUUGGAGCGAUUGUGUGUGAUUUUCGAAAUUCAUCAAAUUGAUUAGCAUAAUAAAUUUUAUUUAUUUAUAAAUACGUUUGGACGCCGUUUUAUCUUAAAGAUGUCACGACUGGACCUCGUCGUUUUCGGCGCCACCGGCUUCACGGGGAAGAAAGCUGUGGAGCGUCUCGCCCGGGGGGGCAAGAUGUAUGAGGGGGUCACGUGGGGGGUCGCGGGGCGCUCGCAGAGCAAGCUCGAGUCGCUGGUGGCGGAGGUCUCCAAAUUAGCAGGCAAAGAUCUCAGCGCAGUGAAGGUGAUAGUGGCAGACGUGUCUGACGACAAGUCACUAAAGGACAUGUGCAGCCAGGCGAGAGUGCUCGUCAACUGUGCGGGCCCGUACAGGCUGUAUGGGGAGCCGGUCGUGCGGGCCGCGAUUGAGGCCAAGACUCAUUACGUGGACGUCAGCGGGGAGCCACAGUUUAUGGAAUCAAUGCAGCUGAAGUAUUCAGCGCAAGCACGGGAAGCCGGCGUGUACGUGAUCAGUGCGUGUGGCUUCGACAGUAUUCCCAAUGACAUGGGGGUUAUUUUCCUGCAGCAGGCUUUUGCUGGUGGUACCCUAAACUCUGUGGAGUCGUACAUGAGUACAUACAUCCCGCCAGAGUACAAGGAGGAGGCCUUCAAGAGCGGCGCUAUCAACUACGGCACUUGGGAGUCGCUCGUGUAUUCAUUGUCCCACUAUAAUGAGCUGGGCCCUCUGCGCAAGCAGUUGUAUCCCGAGAGGUUACCAAGUUUCGAACCCAAAUUGGAGAAACGGUCGGUGCUGCACAAGCACGGCAGCCGCUGGUGCGUGCCGUUCCUGGGCGCGGACAACUCCAUUGUGUACAGAACUCAGAGGACUUUGUAUGAGGGGCAGGGGCACAGACCCGCGCAGUUCAGGGCGUACGUUAAGCUGUCCAACUUGUUCUACACGUCGCUCAUGGUGCUUGGCGGGAUCUUCCUGUUCCUCAUGUCCAAGACCAAGUUCACCAGGCAGCUGCUGCUGGACCACCCGCGGGUGUUCUCCGGGGGGUUCAUCACCAAACAGGGUCCGAAGGAAGAAGUGGUGAACAACACUCAGUACCGGUUCGAGCUGGUGGGGCGCGGCUGGGGCGCCGGCGCUGGAGCCUCGCCGCCGGCGCUGGAGCUCGUGGCGAGGGUGUCUGGCGUGAACCCAGGUUACGGAGCGACCGUUGUAGCGCUCCUGUACUCGGCUUUGACGGUUCUACGUGAACAGGACAAGAUGCCACAACACGGAGUUUUAACAACAGGCGUGGCUUUCCGCAACACGAAUCUCAUCAAAAACCUCAACGAGACCGAAGACAUGAAGUUUGAGAUUCUCGAAAGCAAGUGACUUGCUCGCCAUUUACGCAAAUCGACUCGAUUUCGUAAUAUAUCAAGUAUUCACACGAUUUUAAUACUUGCUAUAGCUAUCUAUGGCAAGUACGCAAAUGUCGCUUUAGUAAUAAUAUAUCAAGUAUUCGACACGAUUAUGGCCAUAGCAAGUAUUAAAACUGCAUUAAACUAUUUUUCUAUUUGAUUUUUUAUAAAGCUUUAUAUAAAAAAUUAUAUUAUAUAUGCAUCACUUCCGAUCGGGUCAUGAUGGAAAAUGAUAUUUUUCUGAUUGGCCCGGGUCUUGGACGUUUAUCUAUAUAUGUAUUUGUUAUAAAAUAUAGUAUAGUUGAGUUAGUAUCCCAUAACACAAGUCUCGAACUUCUUUGGGGCUAGCUCAAUCUGUGUGAUCCUAAUAUAUUUAUUAUUUAUUUAUUUUAUUAUGAUAAUAAUCAUAUUACCUACAUUUAUGAUUAAGUUUUUCCACACGAAACGAAACUAAGUAUAGUGAUUAAUAUAAUUAUAAAUAUUCUAUUUUUUUACAAAUUAUAAUUUAAAUGUGUCGUAAAUCUAUAGCAUUAUUGUUUAAAUUCGCCAAAAACGUGCCUGAAUUUCGAUUAGUGCCUUUUAUAAUUCUGAACACUUGCGUAGGUACCACAUGAUAAAUACUGAGACCAAAGGAACAAAGUUUAACAGUAGACGACUUCUAAACACAAUACUCCCUUGAGAUUAAAUAUUUUUGUUUAAGUACAGUAACAUACAAUUUACUCAUUGUAUUCUCUCCUUUUUUGCCUCCAAUGUCCUACGGGAAAAGGUCUACGUAUAGUCUCUACUAGCUUAAAAAAUUUGACUUUGUCUACAUAUAUUCCGUAAUGAAUUUCAUAAUAUUUAUCAUGCCCACUCCACACGUCGACGAACAGUUUGCCAAACUUUGGCGGAUUCGGUAUACAUUGUCGGUAUUUCAUUGCGGUGAAUAAAAGCACUCGUACUAACCACGCAAUGUUCACGCGUUCGCGUCGGCACGUGUCCGAGUUCGGCGACAGUGUGGAGCUGGCAUUAAACUUUGUAAAAUAUAACUUGAUAGAUUUAGUAAGUACUUCGUACAACAGUACCUACUAAUUCCGUGCUUGAGUCCUAGGUAUGACAGCAGGAUGAACUAAUACGUUCGAAAUGAGAGCGACUGAAACAGAUUUCUUUUUAUACUACAAGUUUGCGACGUACAAUUGUAUGACGGGGGUGCCAACUGUUGAUUCAUAGGAGGUCCUUGUCUUUCCUAUAAUGUUCUGUUUCGUUCUUGCAUUGCUGCGUUCAUAGACAAAUAAUUAGAAGUAUUUAUAGAAAUAUGAAACCUCCGCUGAGCAGACAUAAUCUUGUUCGCAGUUUAUGGUAACAAUACAAAAGACUUGGCUGUAUGGGCUAGUACCCUUUGCCUCCUCAAUAAAACGAGGGAAUAAACAAAAAAAAAAAGUUUAUGGUAAAUUGUCACCGAACGUAAUAUGUCUGGUCUGCAGUUGGGGCGUUUUGACAUCUGUCAUCGGACUCAAGUUAUAUUUCACAAAGUAUUGGCAAUUUUAUUGCUGAAAACUUCGAUUCUGAAAUUACGUUAUUUAAUUUUUUUCUUAGUUCUUACGACUUGUUGUAAGAACCGUGUGAAAUUCGAUGCUAAAAUUGUAUUAAAAUGUAUUUUAAUUGUUAUUAAAACAUUUUUAGCAAGUGUAAUGAGAUACAUAAUUCAAAAGCAUUUAUAUAAAUGCUUAUGAAUUAUGUAUUAAUCGUAUUGCUCUGAGGGUUCGUGGUCAUUAUGUGGAAUGAAACACACAACGGCUUUCAUGACAAUAAUAUUAUAAUGAAAUCACUUUCAGUAUGUGGUCUAUGAAAAUUACCAUAUGAGUCAGAUUGGUAUAGAAACUCAUGUGAAUAAUAACCUGUGACCCAUCGGAUCAUAGCCGUCUUAACCACUGGACUACCACUGCACUGUUUCAUUUGAUUAAAUAAACAAUAAUAAUUUUUAAUUUUCAGAGUAACGAUUCAUUCCAACUGUAUUUAUUUGUCGUGGUUAACUUAAUUGUUAAUUAAUAUUAUCGAUAUGGUUUUUAAUAAAAGUUACUAAGUUGU